CACAAUUUGAGAGUCCUGGGAGAACAAGGAGGACAAAACCUUGACCGCUCUGCUACUAAACACCAGUAAAUAUAGUGUGUUUUUCUCUCUGGAGAAAGUGAGAGAAAACAAGAAAAUGGUGGUGAAGCGGAGCCAAGCGCAUUUGAGCAAGGAUUCAAAGGUGGAAGUUUGCAGCAACGAAGACGGGUACCAAGGUGCAUGGUUCCCAGCCAUAUUCCUUGACCCACAACCCUCAGAUGGCACACCAAAGAAGAAAAGGAAGAGCCUUGGCAACUCAAGCAAGGCUCUGGUGCAGUACGAGACUCUGGUCUCCGACGAUGACCCAAACAAGCCACUCACUGAGCUCGUUGACGUGUGCUCCAUCCGGCCAGUGCCUCCUCCUGACAAUCCUGACCAGCCCUUCGAGCCCGCAAACGUCGUAGACGCCUUUUACCAAGAAGCUUGGUGGGUGGGGGUUGUGAUAAGGUUUGAGGAUGACAAGUAUACGGUUGGUUUCAAAAACCCACCCGAUCUGCUUGAGUUAAGGCGCUCUGAGCUGCGGCCUCAUUGGGAUUUUCUGGACGGCGUAUGGGUUCGAGCCCGGAAGGAGAGGAUGGUGGGAUCAUUUUUCAGCCCUGGGACAGCAGUGGAAGUGAAUCUCUACAAAGAACAUCUAUUCUGUGCUUGGUUCCCAGCAAUUUAUCUUGGUGAACUAGGGGCCAACAAUUUCUUGCUUCAAUAUAAGAGCUCAAACAACUGUGAUGUUAAAGCGGUCGUAGGUGGCAAACAGAUUCGGCCUCAGCCUCCAAAGUUGGCUGAAAGAGAUUUUAACUUGAUGGAAAAGGUGGAUGCAUUCUUUGAUAUGGGUUGGUGGGUCGGAGAGAUUAUAAAAGUUCUUACAGGAAAGAAGUAUAUGGUCUGUUUAAAAUUGACAGAGGAGGUGAAGCAAUACAGUCAGUCAGAAUUGAGGCGUCACAUGUACUGGACUGAUGGAAGAUGGGUUACUAUGAUCAAUGGAAAACGGGUUACUAUGAUCAAUAGAAACUGGGUUACUAUGAUCAAUGGAAACUGGGUUCCUUACUUUAAGUUUCAGGAAGGUCACUUUAGCAGGGAUUAUGAAGUACGAUCAAAGCGUGCAUGCGAGAGUUCCAGGAGUUCUGAGUUAGCUGCAGCACUUGAAUGUACAGGUGCUACCAAGGAUAAUAAUGAAGAAAAAACACCUUGUUUGAGGAUUUCGUGGAAGAAUCAGUCGGAGGACUUGAGUCCUUGCAUUGAUAAAUCACCUUAUGGAAAGACCAAAAAGAAAAUUAAAAUUAAUCAGAAACCUAACGAUGAUGCAACCAUUUUAGGUCUUUCCAAGAAGUUAAUAUGGGGACAUUCAGAAGACUCCUUAUCUUUUGCACAAUUAUUUCGAAGGAGCAAAGAAGCCCCAGUUAGAGAUGGUGUGAAGACUAAGCAACAGCAGGUUGGAGGACUGGACAAUCAAGCAAUAGUUUCUCUUAAACGAAAAGUCAAGAAGGGCAGUGAAAUAAGAAAGGCUGAUGAAGAAGAUGUUGAUGAUGAGUAUGGAGUAGACAGCAUUGAAUCUUCUGGUACAGAGUCUAAACUAACAGGGGGAUCUCAUGCUGACGCAUCAUGUCUGCUCCCCAUGGAGGAGGUUGAAUGGAAUGAAGAUGUAGCGAGCAGUGAAUUGCAUGUGAUAAAAAGGUUGGAGUGGACAGGUGAGAAGCACAAUGGAACUGGAGUUGUUGCUCAAGUUGAAUUGACUAAGACUCAAGUUGCGAAUGAUAAUGGUUCUGAAGAAGCGAUGAGAGAGACGGAAACUGUGGAUUCCGCAAUGGAUUACUUGACAAAAGAAGUUCAGGUGACUGUGACUGGAGUAUCUGCAACAGCAUCUGCCCAUGAUCAACCUUUAUCACUGUAUGUAGAUGAAAUGCAUUCUAUAAAAGCCAAAGAGUGCUCAAGUAACCCUGCUGGGACUGCCAAGCAACAAGAGAGUCCACAUUCGCCUUUUGUGAGUUGUUCUCCAUUUUGGAAAAGUAUUGAAUCCAUGGAAGUAUUCAAAAGAUUUCCGCAAAGGCCACAUUUUCUUCCUCUGAUGAAGUGUAAAGCGGUUUGUCGCGAAGGAUCCGCUCUUGGAAAUAUGAUAACCUUUGCCUCUUUGGUGGAGAAGACUUCCAAGUUGCAAGUUGGCGAUCCUAUAGACUUAUUUGAUAGCAAUUUGGAGGCACUGGUUGACUUGGAAAUGUUGGGAUUUGAUGUCACGGCAGUACGGCAUCGACUGAAGGAAUUGAUUGAAAUGAAAGUUAAGUUGGGUCAGCUUGAGAACCAAUCAAAAGAAGUUGACAUUCAGAUCACGGAGUGUACUUUUGACAGAACCAGAAACAAUGAAACAAUCAGUCGGAUUGAUAAGGAGAUCAAGGACUUGAAGGAAAAACGGGGGACCCUGAUGUCAAUCGAUGUGGCCAAAGGUUCUGAAAUUAGCAAGCUGCAAUCAGAAGCAAAUGCUAUAACUGAAGGCAUUCAGAGCAUCCAUCGUGAUUUUGAGAAAUUAGCUGCUGCGGCAUGGUGAUUGUUGUGAUUCUGAUGGAUUACACCCUUUAGAUUACCACUCCCUUUGCUAACCUUGGACACUGAUAUAUAAUAUCUAUACCCUUUUGAAUGUAAUGAUGGACGUGAUACCAAACUGUUCUGUAGUUUAUUAUGACAGCCAUUAGCCCUAGAAUGCCUGGUAACAAACAAUUAUCUGUAUGUACUACAAUAUCCUGAGUGUUAUGAAUGUGGGCCGAAGCCCAACAAAACUACAC